AGUCCCCUCUUCUACUCCCCCCUCCUUCUCCCACACGUGCGACAAAACCCUAUCGACCCCCUCCACCUCUCCAAUGGCGCCCCUCUCCUCCUCCUUUCUCCCCCUCCUCCUCCUCCUCCUCCUCGGCGCCGUCUCCUCCGCGGCGAGCUCACCCCUCUCCUCCUCCUCCUCCUCGUCGUCGUCCAAUCUCACCGCGUACGAGGUGCUCGAGUCCUACGAUUUCCCCAUCGGCCUCCUCCCCAAGGGCGCCCUCGGCUACGACCUCGACCCCAGCACGGGCGAGUUCUCCGCGUACUUCGACGGCACCUGUAGCUUCUCCCUCGAGGGCUCGUACCAGCUCCGGUACCAGUCCACCAUCUCCGGCGUCAUCUCCCGCGACCGCCUCUACAACCUCCACGGCGUCAGCGUCAAGGUGCUCCUCUUCUGGAUCAACAUCAUCGAGGUCGAGCGCCGCGGCGACGAGCUCGACUUCUCCGUCGGGAUUGCCUCCGCCAACUUCCCCAUCGAAAACUUCUACGAGUGCCCGCAAUGUGGCUGUGGAUUGGACUGUGUGAACGCCCUCGCUCUUCCGGGCAGCGGCAGCGGGACUGGCACCGGCCACGGCGUGGGGAGGAAGGGGCUCUGGAUGUGAGGCUGUUGGAUUGAGGGAUUAGGCCUUCGAUUCCGUCGUCCUCGUCGGUAAAGUUGGCCCCUUUCACAAUCUAUUUAUCGCUUCUCUGUAGUAGUAGUAGCGGUAGGGAGUCUCUCUGAGUUGCUAAAUAAGCACGGAUUUACGUUUAUUUAUGGAUUUUUAGGGUGAUGUACAAAACCCAUCUAAUCAUUUCUCACUAUGUUUAUGAUGAAAUAUUUAAUAUCGGCAUCUUUUAUCUACGAUUAUAGUAUAGUUAA